UCAAUUGGCCCAAAACUUCCUCGCAUAUGGCAGCAGCAGGGUAAUGAAGUGGGUGCCCCUUUGGAUGCUGUGUACUGAUUGGAGAUCACGGGCUGUGAGGAGUUGUAAGACGAGAGUAGAUUGGCAGAGGCGCGACCGCAUGUGUCUGGCUCCCUGUCUUUGUAUACAGACUUGCCUGCUUAGCCCUUUAACAAUGGGCAAAAGGAACUGCUCAGCCCGAUGGUGAUGGCAGAGUUGAGCUCCCGAGGGAUGCUGUCCUCUUGCUUAGACUGAGAUGCCCGCGGAGAUGCCUCAAGUGCGUCUCCUGGCCCCAGGGCUGUGAAUCCCAAGUGGAGCUGCAAACUCCGGGCUUCGGUGCUGUCGCUGCUGCCGCCCCCUGCUGAUUCCCUGCCGCCUCACCCCGUCCCAUGGAGCUAGAGGGGCAGUGGUGGAAAGGACAGCUGGCUGCCGACAUCCACCAAGCGCUGCGCUACAAGGAGCUGAAGCUGCCCUCCUAUAAAGGCCAGUCUCCACAGUUAAAUCUGAGAAGAUAUUUUGCAGACCUGAUUGCCAUUGUGAGCAAUCGCUUCAGACUCUGUCCUGCUGCCCGACAUCUUGCUGUUUACCUACUGGACCUCUUUAUGGACCGUUACGACAUAUCCAUUCAACAGCUACAUGUGGUUGCUCUUUCCUGCUUGCUUUUAGCGAGUAAAUUUGAAGAGAAGGAAGACAGUGUGCCUAAACUGGAACAGCUAAACAGCUUGGGUUGUAUGACUAACAUGAACCUGGUAUUAACAAAACAGAACUUGCUACACAUGGAGCUGCUAUUGCUAGAAACCUUUCAAUGGAACCUCUGCCUCCCAACAGCUGCUCACUUCAUUGACUAUUAUCUCUCCAUUGCUGUUCACGAAUCUGACCUCCAUGAUGGAUGGCCAAUGGUUUGCUUGGAAAAGACAAAGUUGUAUAUGGCAAAAUAUGCUGACUACUUUUUGGAAGUUUCCCUCCAAGAUCAUGCAUUUUUAAAUUAUGCCCCUUCGUUAGUGGCUGCUGCGUGUGUGGCUUCUUCAAGGAUUAUCUUGCGUCUUUCUCCAACAUGGCCAGCACGACUCCAUCGUCUUACCGCAUACUCUUGGGAUUUCCUGGUACCAUGUAUUGAACGACUUUUGAUUGCUCAUGAUAAUGAUGUAAAAGAAGCCAACAAACAAAAAGGACAUCAUGGUUCUCAGGCUGCACAACAUGGUCUGUUUCAAGCAACCCAGCCUCCACAACAGACACAUCUACAGCAGCAUAUACCUCAGUAUGUUCAAGCACAUCCAACUCCCCUACAGUAUCAAACAGUGCCACAGCAAAACUGUCAGCAGAUUGUAUCAUCUGGACAUACGUCGUCUUAUCCAGUGCAGACUUGCCCAGCUGGUUUACAGAGUGCUGUUCAGGCUCGAAGUCAUAUACAAACUGCUGCUGCAGUGUCAUUAGCUGUACCCAUUGAAGUUAAGCCAUGUUUAAGUGUUUCCUACAACCGAAGCUACCAGAUUGCUGGACGAUAUCCUUGUAUUACUCCCUGUUUUGAGAGGUGAUAACUACAAAUUCAGCAGAACCCUGUAUGCUGUGUGUCAAAUAAUGAGGAAGGCAGUAAAUCUCCUCAGUCCUCUUAACAGAAGGGAAAUAGUUGGAAUACCUUUCUUUUCCCCCUACAGCUUCUUAGUCAAGAAACUGCAAAUAUGAGAAUAUGCCUACUGAAAAAAAUCUUUAUCUGAGGGUGAUGGAAAAUACACCCCUAGUGCAUAAAAGUUCUAUGUGUCCAACUUAAACCUUCCCUUAAAGCUGAUGAAGAGAGGCAGCUGCACUGAUUUAAAGUUUGUCUUCCUAUGAUGAGAAAAGAAUGCUCUGAGGCUUUGAAGAGAGCACUGCUUCUAAAUGCCUCUUCUGUUCAGUAUUGAAUAAGACAUUGAAGACCACUAAGUGCCAUGCUUCUCCAAAAGAUGGAAAGCCAUCUUGGAGAGAAGAGAGAACACUUUAUGUACUUCAGCAACUUGGUUCUCCGUCAAUGCUUGUGGAUGAGGUUUUGUAUUAUGUCCUUGGGUUAACAUUUUUAUAUGUUUUGUACUUCAAAAUACUUGCUUCUUUGUCAGAAUGAUUCAGAGGUAAAUUGUCAUCCUAGCUCAGGGAAUUAUCAAAAACUACUGUGAUACUGGUGUAUACCAUUUAAGUAGUUAUCUGGGGUUUGCUUAUGCUCAGGGUAACUACAGCAGCAGAUACCAAAGGGAGUUAAUAUACUCAUUCAGAUAACUCCCUUAAUCCAAAAGUGUUUUCU